GAACUAGUCUAUAACCGCAUUUGGAAAGGCCGGGGGAAUUGGAUAAGAGAAACAAAUGAUAAUUAGAUGUCUCCUCCCCCCUUCUUCAUCUUCCAUUUUCAUCACCAACAAUCCUUCUUUCCGCCCAAACCUAAACCUACUUGCUGCCCGUCCUCCAUCUUUAGGAAUAUCAUCAAGAAACAACAAUCAUUCGAAACUACGUUCAUUGAGGGUUGAUGAUUAUGUUGCGUUACCUGCUAAAGAGGAUGAUCAUGGAGGUGUUACAGUGGAAAUGUCUACCCACCCACCCAUACACCCAAUUCACUUCACCUCUUUACUCAAGGCUUCACUCCUCCAAUGGAAACAACAGGGCAAGAAAGGUGUUUGGAUCAAGCUACCAAUUGAGCUUGUCAAUCUUAUCGAACCUGCAGUUAAAGAAGGCUUCUAUUAUCAUCAUGCAGAGCCUGAUUACUUGAUGCUUGUACAUUGGAUUCCUGUAACCAAUAACACUUUGCCACCAAAUGCGUCUCAUCGAGUCGGUGUUGGUGCCUUUGUAAUGAAAGAAAACGGAGAGGUUCUGGUGGUGCAAGAAAAAGGUGGAAAAAUGCGAGGAAAAGGAGUAUGGAAAUUUCCGACAGGAGUUGUUGAAGAGGGUGAAGAUAUUUGCGAUGCAGCUGUUAGAGAAGUAAAAGAAGAGACCGGAAUUGACGCCAAAUUUGUGGAAAUAUUAGCAUUCAGGCAAAGCCAUAAGAAAUUCUUCGAGAAAUCGGAUUUAUUUUUUAUGUGUAUGUUGGAACCUGUGUCUUUUGACAUUCAGAAGCAGGACCGAGAGAUAGAGGCAGCCCAGUGGAUGUCGUUUGAGGAGUAUGUAGCGCAAGAUUUCGUCCAAAAGCAUGAUCUUCCCAGGUAUAUAGCUGAGAUAUGCUUGGCAAAAAGGGACGAACGUUAUGCGGGUUUCUCACCUGUGUCUACGAUAUCAAGUUUUUCCAAAAGCCAAUGUAACGUGUACUUGAACACCACCGAUCUCAGCUCUUCUUGACAUUUUUCGUUGUAUUUGAUGCAUGCAUGCAUGCUUCUCUUAUUAUUCCUGACAUCUCAAUACAUACACUAUUUUUUUUUUGUUGUAAAUAGAGAUGUUUAAAAGUUUAACGAGUAAAUUACGCCAACUGUCCCUAUGGUA